GGCUGGUGCCGCUAGUGGCGCUGUGGGUGCGGACGGUCGGGGUCGAGGCCGGGGAAGCUGCGACGCGAUGGCGCGGAGGGUGAUCUAUCCACUGUAUCAAUAUGGAAACCCUCAACUCAGGAUAUUUCGAACCAACUUUUUUAUGACCCUGGUGAGGCCUGGGAAGGAGCAACCAGAGGAUACAGCCCAGUUUAGGAUCCCCAUGGAGAUGACAAAACCUGACGUGAAAAAUUACCUACAGGACAUCUACAGUGUCCCAGUGGCUGCAGUUAGGACCAGAAUACAAUAUUGUACUAACAAGAAGAGAAAUCAUAAGAAUCAGAAGGUGAAGCGGCCUGAUUAUAAAGUUGCCUAUGUUCAGUUAGCUGAAGGUCAGACUUUCAAUUUUCCAAACAUUUUUCCCGAGAAGGAUCAAACUGCUGAAUCAGGCUCUCUGGAAGAAAUCCAAAAUAAGUUCUUGGAAGAAGAUAAACAGAAACAGAAAGCAGACCCACGGCGAGGGGGUGUCACUGAAUGGUUUGGACUUUGAGAAACACUUCUUUGGAAGUUGAGAUCUUUUUCAGAAGAAUUAUCAUUUUUCAGAUACUGUUCAUUAUGAGGGGUAACUCUGUAGACAUUAUACAUUUUGAUAACUAUUGCUCACCAACUUUCCAGUGAUUUGUGUCCAUUACUUAUAAAGCAGCGGUGUAGUGCUCUGUUACGUAAUGGGCUGCGAGUCAGUUUUGAUGUCCAUUCAUUGAAAAUCCAGUUCAAUAUGCACAUACUGACCAUAAGAGCAGAAUUAGGCCAUUCAGCCCAUCACGUCUGCUCCGCCAUUCGAUCAUGGCUGAUCUAUUUUUCCCUGUCAAUCCCAUUCACCCGUAAUCUUUGACGCCCUUACUAAUCAAGAACCUAUCAAUCUCCACUUUAAAAAUACCCAAUGAAUUGGCCUCCACAGCCGUUAUUGGUAUUACUGAAGGUAGCUCAUGUAUGGGUGCUAAACUGAAUGUGUAUGUAAGUUAAUAUAUCCUGCACCCGACAGUUUAUAUUUGUUAAGAGGGCAGACUUGAUGUUUGUUGGGGGUUGGAGAGAAGGUACGUGGAAAAUAAAUCUAAUUAUUCGAAGACCAACUGUCGUAUAAAAGAUUAUGCCUGCCAAGGAAUUUAUUGAGUUACUUUUGUAAACUUUUUUUGAGAGAAAAUCAAAUGCAAGUGUAUCUGGUCAUUCUUGUUCUAGCAGUAGUCUAAAAUAUUGAAUAAAAUUUGAAAGGGCAAAUGCA